AUGGAUGAGAAGAUAGUGAAUGUGCUCGUGGCGGGAAUUCCAAGCGAGGGACACCCUUCAACAUAUUCUCUCCCAACCUCGACAUCUACAACCAUCAGCGAACUAUGGGACAUCAUCUACGAGGUCUUGCCACCCAUCCAGUCUCGUCUGAUUCUCACCACCCUCUCCAAUAGACAGCUUCUAGGUACAUCGGAGCGAACUAUUUGCGGCCUGCUCUCUUCUCCUGAGGAUGACUUCAUAUCUCUUCGUCUGUCGCUCCCCGUCCUCGGUGGCAAGGGCGGCUUUGGCUCGCAGCUGCGUGCGGCUGGUGGCCGCAUGUCCUCAAAGCGGAAGAAGAACAACCAGGGCGAAGACAACGGGUCUAGCCGCAACCUGGAUGGUCGCCGGCUGCGCACAGUGACAGAGGCCAAGGCACUGGCAGAGUACUUGGCCAUCAAGCCGGACAUGGAGCGCAAAGAGAAGGAGAGGAGGCGUAAGCGCUGGGAGCAGAUCAUCGAGAUGACGGAGAAGAAGGAAGACGAUAUCAAGCACGGUGGUCGCGGUCGAUUAGACGGGAAGUGGGUCGAAGACAAGGACGAAGCGAACGACCGCACGCGUGCAGCCGUACUCGCAGCGAUGAAGAAAGGCCAGUUCACCGAUGUUGGCAGCGGUCUGCAGCAUCUGAGCACGUCGAUCGGAUCCGGCACCUCGGCGUUUGCAUCGGCAGAGUCGGCCAGUGGCAGCAACGAUGAAGUCGAGAGCGAAGAUAGUGACGCCAGUGACUCUGCGUCUUCGGAGCCGAAACCGACAUCUGCAUCUGUAGCAGCCGCCACAACCGGUCCCGCCAAAACCAACAGCAAAGGGAAGGGCAAGGCGUUCUUUGCCUUCGAUGAAGAUGACGAGUUUAUGAGCUCCGACGAGAGCGAUGGCGAGGAGGCCAAAAGCAACUAG